GUAGACUUGGUACGAGUCCGUGCGUCUCUGACCACAGCUCCAUCUCGUUGCCAGCUCUCAAGCUUGUGACCUCAAGAACGCCGUCAGGCACACAACUUCACAAAUAACCCUCCGCCUGCCUUCCAGUACCUGCAGGCAUCGCAUCCGCCUCUUUGUCCGGCCCAUACUCCAUCUGAAAGCAUCGCACCAUUUCGAGACCGCCGCUUCGCCGACCGCAGCCAUGGCCAAAGGCGAGGAUGUUGAUCCUCGCAUGAUGCGAGUGACGCCGCGUGUGCGGUACAAUACUAUCGGGGGUGUCAAUGGACCACUUGUUAUGCUGGAGAAUGUCAAAUUCCCACGAUACAACGAGAUUGUGUCUUUGACACUUCCCGAUGGCACAGAGCGAUCGGGACAAGUGCUUGAGGCAAAGGGCAAUCGCGCCGUUGUGCAGGUGUUCGAGGGCACAUCAGGCAUCGAUGUCAAGAAGACGAAAGUCGAGUUCACAGGCCACAGCUUGAAGCUGGGAGUGUCAGAAGACAUGUUGGGUCGUGUCUUUGAUGGAUCGGGAAGAGCAAUUGACAAGGGACCAAAGGUGCUGGCUGAGGACUAUCUGGACAUCAACGGAUCGCCAAUCAACCCGUUUUCGCGAGUCUACCCGGAGGAGAUGAUCUCGACUGGUAUCUCCGCCAUCGACACAAUGAACUCUGUUGCUCGUGGGCAAAAGAUCCCCAUCUUCUCAGCAUCUGGUUUGCCUCAUAACGAAAUUGCCGCCCAGAUUUGCAGACAGGCUGGUCUUGUCAACCAAGCAAAGCCUAGCAAAGGAGUUCACGACGAUCACGACGACAACUUCUCCAUCGUCUUCGGUGCCAUGGGUGUCAACCUGGAAACAGCCCGCUUCUUCACCAAGGACUUCGAGGAGAACGGAAGUAUGGAACGUGUCACACUGUUCCUGAACCUGGCCAACGACCCCACCAUCGAGCGUAUCAUCACACCGCGUCUGGCUUUGACGACUGCAGAGUACUACGCCUACCAAUUGGAGAAGCACGUCUUGGUCAUCCUGACUGAUCUAACAUCAUACUGCGACGCCCUUCGUGAGGUCUCUGCUGCGCGAGAAGAAGUGCCUGGUCGUCGUGGUUACCCGGGUUACAUGUACACUGAUUUGUCCACCAUCUACGAACGUGCUGGCCGUGUCCAGGGACGAAAUGGCUCGAUCACCCAGAUUCCUAUCCUGACUAUGCCUAACGACGAUAUCACACAUCCAAUUCCCGACUUGACAGGCUACAUUACCGAAGGACAAAUCUUCGUGGAUCGACAACUCGACAACAAGGGUGUAUACCCACCAAUCAAUGUCCUGCCUUCGCUGUCCCGUCUGAUGAAGUCUGCUAUUGGUGAGGGUCACACGCGCAAGGACCACGGAGACGUGUCCAACCAGCUCUACGCCAAGUACGCUAUCGGUCGUGACGCCGCCUCGAUGAAGGCAGUCGUCGGUGAGGAAGCGCUGUCAAACGAGGACAAGCUUUCGCUCGAGUUUUUGGAAAAGUUCGAGAAGACGUACAUUUCGCAGGGCAUGUACGAGAAACGAUCCAUCUUUGACGGAUUGGACAAGGCAUGGGAAUUGCUCCGCAUUUACCCCAAGGAGCUGCUGAACCGUAUCCCCAAGAAGGUGCUGGAUGAGUACUAUCAGAGAUCGAGCAAGAAGGAUACAAGAGACAACGGGGAGGAGGAAGGACAAGCUGAGCAGAAUGGGGAGAGCGAGAACUUGAUUGAUGCAUAGUUAAAUUGGUCAAAUAAAGCACAGGAUGAUAUUGUACCUGCUGGGUAGCUUGGGCGAUUACCAGCAUAGUCGGGCGAGCAUUUACAACGUUCUUGUCACCAGCACAGCCUUCUCCCGAGUCCGCCACAACGGGCAGAAUGCAGAUGAAAGUAUGCCUAUGAGAAAGCGGCGUGCAUGGAUAGCACAGCGCGACAGCCUAUACAGCAAAGUCAGAACCCAGUCGAAAGAAAUUUCG